GUUAAGUAAAUGCAGGUAGUCCGGGUAGCUAUUUAGCAGCCUGGUUUAGCAGUCUUAUUGCUUGGGGGUAGAAGCUGUUCAUGGUCCUCUUGGUUCCAGACUUGGUACACUGGUACUGCUUGCCGUGCUUGGGUGGCUGGAGUCGUUGACAAUUUUUUGGGGGCCUUUGUCACCGCUGGGUAUAGAGGUCCUGGAUGGCAGGGAGCUUGGCCUGCUCUCAAUGGUGCAGCUGUAUAACUUUUUUGAGGAUCUGCUGGGAGCUGUGCUGGACUGUACCAGUCAACAACACUCCUGAAAUAACCCCUUCCAGCUUGGCUGCGAAACUGACCUCUAAUUCAGUGAUACUGACGUCCCCAAGUUGUUACUUCAACGGUCUGGGCAAUUUGUCCUGCAAUUCUACAACUACCUGUGAAAUAUGGCUCGUUUCGGCCAAAGAUACAGGAGUCAGCAAUUAUGAUGCCGACAACAAAAUGCCCUACAUUGACACCCGCUCUCCUUAUCCAACCGCCUUCUCUUCCAACACCUCGAAGAAAUACUUCCUGACCAAGUUGGGGCUUCAGAAAGCCUACCCCUGCCCCAUCGUCGCUGGAACAGGCUACUUCAGGGUUGGCUCUGACGGUAACUGCUCCACUCCGAACUGUAAUGGAAUAUUGCCUGUUGGCUCCACUGCCAGAUUUAAGUAUGUUCUUAUCAACCCAGCGAACAAAACAGUUGUUGCGGAGAGUUUGUGGUCCAACAACAUCACUCUUUACUCUUUGAAAGACCCCGAAAAAAUUGAUAAUGGCUUUGCUGGAAGGUCUGCGGCCAUGAUUGUCAUAACAGCUAUCCUGUGUUCCUUCCUGGCCUUGCUGCUGCUGCUAUUGCUCAUCAUGCUGAUCUAUGUCCUUUGCUGUCGGAAGGAGAAACAGGAAAUCCAAGUUCCAGGAUCAGUGCGCACGUAUGACACUCACAACCUGAAGGAGCCUUCCCCCUAUGUAAACCAUGCUUAUGAGGAUGAGCCACAGAGACCCACAGCCACUAGCCCCAUUAGGCUCAAGAGCUACACUGACUAUGAUUUGAAAAAACCAGCCACAGAAUUGUAGUAAGUGUUUAUGAGAGGAAAAUGUUGCACUUACUGGUUCUAUGAUAUUAAGGCUGGGGGUUUGAUAGCUAUUUAGAGGUCUAAUUUUGUUGCUUCAUUUAAAAUAGCUGGAGUCGAGUCCUAUGUUUAAAAUACUAUGUUAAAUUCACGUUAUAGGCUACAUUUAUUUGGAGGCAAUGACUUGUGUCAUGAAUAUAAUCUAUUUAGACAAAAAAAAAUGCAAUUGAGUGUACCAAGCUAAUCAAAAUUCAAUUUUGUAACCAUAUAUUUAUAUAUUUUUUUCCUUUUUACAAUAAUCCAAAUAGAAAGAGAAGUUCAUAAUACUCAAUUUCUCUAACAUCUCCUAUAUGCUGUCAUCAUUGCUGUGUAGUGUGUAAAUGGGUCAUUCUAUGAAAAUGAACAUUAAAAAUAUAUAUAUAUAAAAUAUAUUUUUUUACCAAACGUUGUCAGAUAAUAGCUAACCCCUUAACAUUUUAAAUCAACAUAAAUGACAGCUGGGGGUGACACCUGUGUUGAAAGGACCAGUAAUAAAGGACUGCUAACCUACAAAGCAUUACACAGGCUUGCUUCUACCUAUCUCUCCGAUUUGGUCCUGCUGUAUAUACCUACACGUACGCUAAGGUCAUAAGAUGCAGGCCUACCCUGCUGGUCAUCUUUGAUCUCCAUCCGGCACAGCCAGAAGAGGACUGGCCACCCCUCAGAGCCUGGUUCCUCUCUAGGUUUCUUCCUUGGUUCCUGCCCUUCUAGGCAGUUUUUCCUGGCCACCAUGCUUCUACAUCUGCAUUGCUUGCUGUUUAGGGUUUUAGGCUGGGUUUCUGUAUAGCACUUUGUGACAUCUGCUGAUAGUAAGAAGGGCUUUAUAAAUAAAUGUGAUUGAUUGACUAGUAAAGCCCCAGUGCACUACUUUUGUGAAAAAAAUUAAAACGAAAUGUAUUCAAGUGUU